UCAUUCCAGCAAAUAAGGUAGUAUAAUCUAGUGAUAAAUAUAACAGUCAUAGGGACCCUGCGGUCGACCCGACACUGUGCUCCCUCAACCGGCAACGUCACCCCCUACUUCAUCGUCUGAUUGAAACCCUCGUCUCUUUCAAUCCGAAAUAGACACAUAAUCUUUCCGAUUCUGCAGUUUCAAUGAUCGCGAAAAUAAAAUUAUGUCCUUUUCCGAGAUUGUCGUUUCCUUAUGCAAAUGAUUGGGUCCAAUGGCGUCGACGGCAACCUUGAGCCUCGCGUGUUGACAUUCAAUUGGAGGGAGGCCAACACUUGGAUACUACCCUCCGCGUCUGCACGUGCGUUCGAAUCUUCUCUUUUCCUUCGGAUCUCAUCGAUAUGUUCACGAAAUGUUCGAGGGUUACUCAGUCCGAGGUGAAGUUCAACUCAGCGCGUUGAGUUUGUUUAAAUUAUUCGGAUAAGUUUGAGCGGCUGCAGUUCUGGGGCACAACGGGAGGAGCAAGCUGAUAUAGACAAUGGCGAGUUCUGAGGACUCCCCGAAGGAGACCCCCGGUAACACCGAGGAGGAUCUCAGGAUCUUUGAAACUCUCUGUAUUUCAUCGCCAAAUAAGUUGGAGCAGGAAGAUAUGACCCACGAUGUCACGACGUGCCUGAAGAGUGAAUUGGCGGUGUUGGAAUACAAACGAGAUCGGCUCUCGGCUGAACUGGAGGAAAUGAAGUCUACGGUGAGAUCGAGGGAUGCGCGGGUGUUGGAGUUCCAGGUGGAGGCUGAUCAAUUGAAGGAACAGGCCGCCAGGCAGAAUUCCAUUAUUUCCAGUCUCAAGAAGCGAAUACAGGACCUCGAGGAACGCGAGAGGAGCCUCUACGCGACGCAGGGCAGAAGUGAGAUAACUCUCCAGAGUCUCCACCGAGAUGUUAAAUAUCACGAGGAAAAACAUCGCGAGUAUGAGAAAAAAAUUUGUCAAUUGGAGCAUCACAUGUCGGAGGAGAUUGAAAUGAAAGAACGUGCGCGUAUGAGUCUCCAUGAUUUUGUUCGCCGAUUGGCGCACGCACUGAACAGUGAAUUUUGCGAUAGUACUCAUCACAGCCCGGAACUCGUGAUUCACAAGGCUGAGGAGUUGGUUCAAGAGGUCAAUAGGCUGCGUACGAAGACAACGACUGUGGAAAGCCACUUGACAACUGUUGAAGUGGAAGGAAAGAGCUUUCGCGAUGCCCUAGAUAGAGCCAAUAUCGAUAGAGAUCAAAUGCAGCGACAAAUAUCUACGCUCAACGCUGAAGUAGAUCGUCUUCGUCAGGACAAGGAGUGCCUCGAGAUGCAGUACAGAGUAGCAGAGAGAGAAAAUAACGAGCUCAGGGACAAAUUGGUGAAUGCUAACAGAAGUCUCACCAGUGCUACAGGAAAUGUUACAAACCAGGAAGCUAUUAUUUGUCAGCUACGAGAUGACUUGAAAAAUCGUGAGGAAAAGGCACAGAGAAUACAGAAUGAAAUGCGACAUUUCCUCGAGUCCCUGGCCAUUCUUUUGAGUACACCGAGUCGUUUUGUUGAAUCCACCGAGAAUGCAGUCAAGGACAGGAUGCGAGAGAUUUUGGCUGAAGGGAAGGAUCAGGCGAUGAGAAUUCAAAGUCUCAAAGAUAAACUGAACACUGCAACAGAAACAACGGGUCGUCAAACAGAAUUGGUCGAGUCGAGUUUGAUAAAGAUGAGAAACUUGGAGGAGGGUCGUGCAGUUCUUGAGACAAAAAUUCAUAAAUUGGAGUCUGAGCUCGCCAGUUGUGAGCUCACCAGAGAGUCUCUGCGGAGGGAUAAGCAAAGCAUUCAAGUAUUCCUAGAGCGUUUGGGCAAGGCCAUGCAGAUGGACGAAAUUUCCCAGGAGAUCGGCCUUGACUUACAAACCGAGGCGUUACUCGUACGUGGUGAACAAUUGGCCCGUUUAGAGACCGACAAACUCGUUGACAAGCUAGUCUGCAACUACACGACAUUUCCCAGGAUUCGACGGGAGCGGUCCUUCGAGCUUCCCUGUGUCAAAGACACAUCCGUGGUGUAUCAACUCCAGCGUCGCGUGAGGACACUCCGUGAGCAAUUGCAGCGCCGAGACUUGCACCUGGAUCUUCUCCGUAGGAAGCUCUCAUUGCAGGAAGCCGGCGUGAGAAUGAAAUCCAUCCUGCAGGCCGAACGGGAUGAGGCCAAUCUCCGAGCCAAGAAAGCGACGAAGCAAGUGGAGCGUUUGCAGAUCCAAUUGGCAGAAGAAAAAUCGCGAAAUCGAGAGCUCGGUACUCAAUUGGUCGAGAUGGCUGAUUACAAGAUCGCAGCAUUGGAGCGCAGUAGAAAAAUUGAGGAAUUACAGAAGCGCCUGGUAGAGAGUGAAAUGCUGAGAACACGAUACACGAGAAAGUUCGGUCUUCUCAAGGAUCAAAUGCGUACGACCACUGAGAGCGCUGAUCAGGAGAGAUCGAUAAAUGAUCAUUCGCUUCAACUCCUGAGGGACGAGUUGGCUCAGGUCAAGCAAAAUUUGGCGGAGGUAACGAGGAGAGAGUCACAGCUACAGAGUUUUCGCGUUUCUGUUGCCAAAAUUCUCAAUGAACCCAUCUGCACACCGGACUACGAGAUAAUAUCGCGUUUGCAAAAGUUGGUCGCUGCACAUAGGGAUUUCACAAUGUUGUCGAGGAGGUACGAUGAACCACUGGAAACUAGUCCCUCGAGGUGUACGAGCAUUCAUCCCGUCCACUCGGUCCACCCGCCUCGUUCCCCGGGGUCUCGUUGCACGCGAUACGACGACAGUGGUUACGCAGAUCCUCCGGAUCUCCGCGACAUAGACGACGAGUACAAACGUCCAGUUCGAAGCAGCCUCCUACCAUGACCCCGGUCAAAAUUCACCAUAUAAUCAAUAAAAAAAGCACGAAAACUCAUCGAAAUUCCUCACCCACCUCAUCUCCUUAAUGUGUUCAAAUAAUAUUAGACUUAAUGGCAUCGGCCAUUAAGCCUUCAAUGGCACAAUUAGUCUCCCGUAAAGCCCUCGUUUAUGCCCAAGUAAACGAGUGACAUUUACAUUCCCAAUAAAUACCAGACUAACCGUAAUAAAAAAUAAUUAAUUGGAAAUGAGAGAGAAAAUUAUUGCCAGUCAACUGGUAGUUAAAUUAAAUAAAUAUUAUUUUCCAUUUUUUUUCCCCAGGCUGGCACGUAGUAAUUUUUAUAUUUAAAACGCAUAUAUAAUAUCACCUGGAGGUGUAGCCAAGGAUAGAGGGAGAAAAUACGAGAAUUGUGGAGAGGAGAGGAGCACAUUGUGAGUGGUACAACCGCAUUCCACGGGGCAGACGUUCACGAGCCCAGUUGAGGCUUCCACAGACGACCCGAUACUCACACAAAUGUUAAAAAAAUAAUAAUACCAGCGGAAGUCCAGGGAAAUAUGUGUAGACUUACACAUCACUCAGACUAUUUUCUUUUUUCUCAUUUGUGUGAAAAUUACGAGGAUGGGACAAUGCAACAAUUUGACGUUGUCACAGUGUGAGGGCCUCAUGGAUUUUCGCUGAAUAAGUGAAAAAACCACAUGAGCUCGUGCUUUAUUGCAUACGAGAUACAACGGGACUAAAAAAUCCCACGGCAUUGCCACGUUCUCCUUACCUCGACUCGAAAAAAAUAAUAUAAUGCAGAGAUUAAUGAAAUAGUAUUAUUAGGCACUACGAGGCCAACAGGAAACAAAAAAAAAACCGUUGGAUUUUUCAUUUCUCGUUUGUUGGUUGCAUCUCGGUUACAAUUAUCAUCCGGAAAUGAUGGAUGAUCUUAUCUUAUUUACAAGGAUCAGUGGAAAAUUGAGUGUCGUAAAGGGUUAUAUCAAAAAAUACUUGUUAUCGAUUUUACCGGCAUCAACAUUUGUUGGAUGAAACGCUGCGAGAAAGCGUGAAUUAGUAAUCAUGAUUUUAUUUUCAUCAGCAUCUUAUUGAAUGAAAUUAUUUGUUUGGGGAACAUGUGUUAUCUGGGGCGUCAUCUCUGUGAAUAAAUGUAUUCAUCUGAUUGAAAUAAAAUACUUGUUUUCACGGACCACGUUAUUUCUUUC